AAAAUUUUUAGUAAGAAAUUAUACCAAAGACAAUGGGUUUGGACUAUUACAGUUUAUUGGAAAUCACUAGAAAUGCUAAUGAUGAGGAUAUUAAAGAGGCGUAUAGGAAACUUGCAUUAAAGUAUCAUCCCAAAAGAAGUGAUGAUCCAAAGGCUUCGGAACGUUUUGAAGCAAUUGGAGAAGCUUAUGAUGUACUGACUACCCCAAAAUGGAAAGCUCUAUAUGAUCAAUUUGGAGAGGAAAGUAUCAAAACUGGAGUUCCAGUCCCACCAGAAAUAGAUCAAGCAGAAGGGCCUAUUGAAAUAUACACAUAUCAUGGAGAUUCAGUGAAGGUAUUCCGAGAUUUCUUCGGCGUGGAUAAUCCUUUUGCCGAUUACUAUCUUCCUAAUUUGGAUCCAAGCUAUCAGUUUUUUGAAGAACCUGCCAAACCAAUCCAAGGUCCAGAUCAAGAGCAUUCAUUUUCAUUAUCACUAGAAGACGCAUUUUAUGGCUGUACGAAAACAAUCAGUUUGCCGAUUCAAGUAGCAGGAGAAAAUGGAGCAAAAACAAUAACAGUUACAAAGGAUUUUACUUUCCGCGUACCAAAGGGCACUACAAAUGGCAACUGCUUUCACUUCAACGGUGCCGGGACUUCGGGACCUAACAUGUUACCAGGCAACGUUACCUUCAGAGCUGAGAUGCAGCCGCAUUCUGAAUUUAAAUUGGAAGGGCAUAACUUCGUAAUAACGAAGACCAUUCAUCUUGCGCAUGCUCUCACUGGAUUCACAAUCGACGUUACCACUUUUGACGGCAAAAUGAUGCAUGUUCCCAUCUUUGACGUUAUCAAACCUGAUUCUAGACUAUUGUUGAAAGGAGAGGGAAUGCCAAUCAUAGGCUUGGCUGCUAGAGGAGAUUUAGUGAUUGAAUUCAAUAUAACUUUUCCAGAAAGUCUCAGUAGGAAACAGAAGAUACUUAUAAAAGAAGCUUUCAUUAAAGAAAAUAUGUAAUAAAUUGUA